GCUCCAGGUGCCGGGGCCGCGGCCGCGGCGUUGCCGGGCGACGGGCGGCCGCUGUCGCUCCCGCCCCGCUGCUCUCCCGUUCUCCCCGCGGCCCCGGCACGGCCGGCAGCAGGACGUGGUACAAUUAAAUAACACUAUGAGCACCUGUCAGUCAAGAUAAAUGAAGAUAAACAGCUGUGACUACUAAAUUAAAAUCUCUGUAGGAGAGGAAUGGGAAAUGAUGCAGAACAGCAGUGACAUUGGAAGAAAAGCAUGUUGAAAUGGACCUGAAGUGGAAUCCUGACAGAGUUUCUCAUCCAGGCUCAUCUGAAGAUCAGGAAACUGAUUUGAAUUGGCAAGGCAACCGAAAUCCCAGUCUGCUGAUUAAAGGUGACGGAGAGCUGCUUAUGGAUGAACAUCUUUCCCCCAGGAAACUGAAAAUUUUGGCAGGGGUAGAUGAUCUGCAGCAAGUGAAGGCCCUAGAGAUGCAAGUGGACACCAGAGAGAUCAGCUUGGGGAACUUUGGUGUGCAUCUGCCUAAUCUGAGAGAACUGAAGUUGAACAAUAGCUCGCUUGUAUCUGUGAGGGAUCUUGGAACCUCAUUGUCCCAUCUCUGUGUCCUGUGGAUGGCUCGGUGUGGGCUCUCAGAUUUAGACGGGAUCUCUUCCUGCAGCUCUCUGAAAGAACUCUACAUUGCUUACAACAAUAUCUCUGACCUGAGCCAGCUGACCUGGCUAGAUCACCUUGAGGUUUUGGACCUGGAAGGGAACAAUAUUGAGGACAUCAACCAGGUGCAGUACCUGCGACUUUGUUGCAAGCUAAGCCACCUGACAGUGGAAGGCAACCUUAUUUGCCUGAAGCCAAAUGCAGAAUCUGCAGAGGACCCAGACUAUAAUUACAGAGCAGAAGUUAAAAAACUCAUUCCCCACUUGAAGUAUUUGGACAGAAUACCAGCAAGCCAGACUACUCUCCUUCUUCCCAGAAAGAUGCAUGAGGAUUCUCUAAUCAUCAAGGAAUCCAUCAAGGAAGGUGGUUUAUCCAAAGACAUUUCAUGGUUAGAUCCGUAUCUUGGGGAAGUAGCAAAGCAGUCUGGAUGCAGCCCAAAACCCCCAGUGACUUCCAGACCUGGAGAUGCACAGUGUUCUGCUAAUGUAGGGACGUGUACUGAUGCCAGCCUCUUGUCCAGUAGCUGUCCUCUUCCAGAUCCCACUGUUUUUCCUGAUAAGCUGUUCACAAAAGAUGACUCCAGUGAUUUGACACAUGGAUUCCGUCAGGUUAUAUGUGGGAACCCCGCCAAGGCCCUCCAUGUGAGGAGGCAAAAGCUAGGUCCACCUGCUGUGAGCCCUUUGAAAUUGUCUGGUCUGACGACAGAAAACGUUUCUGUCUCUGGAGGAGGAAGAGAUCUGCACCCAGAAAAGGUGUCCUCUGACCUGGGAGCAUGGAUGGAGCAGCACAAGGGGUGCCUGCAAACAGGUCAGCAAGAACAAGCCAGCCAAGCACUGAAGGUGAAUAAAGGUGAAGACUGGAGCCUGACUGACAGCUUAGAAAAUGAGUUGAGGGAGGCCUGUGAUGAGGACCUCAUUGAAAGGAUUUCACUUGACCCUUCUUCCCACUCCUCUGGUUCGUCACAGGCUCAGGAGGGUGCAGUGUUCUCCAACACAAAACAUUAUCUAAUUCCAUCUCCUCCAAAAAACCCUUCACCUGCCUCUGCAGUGGAUGUUGCAGCAAAACCUUGGAAAACAAGGAACCACAGGGGCAUAAAAAUACCCAGCCAAGAGGAGGACAGACAUUGUACACAGAAAUAUCAGUCAAAGGCUCAUCAAGAGAAUUCAGCCCAGCCUCUGGACAAAGAACCCGCUCUCCUGGGCCUGUACAGCACAAUGGCUGCCUCUGGAUCCCAAAGGCAGCGCCAGCCUGUGGCCUGCACCAGCCAGCCAAGGCCCUUUCCUGGACCAGCAGCUGUUGGGUUACCAAGGAUCAGGCCUAUCAUGGAUGAGAGCCCUUCUAAAGAGAUCAACCACCAGCAUCCAGCUGCCUGCUCAUCCCCAAAAGCCUCGCAGAGGUUUAGGCCAAUGAAUUCUGCUUGGCCCCUGACUCCCAGGUCCAUUCUGCAGUCAUUGCCACACAAAUCCACUGCCACAAAAACAUCUCAGAACAGAACUCCUCGGUCCUAGAAGGUACCCAGUUGCCAGCAUGUGUUGGAGCCAUGUACACAGUGCAGCCGUGAAGGAUCAAUGCUAUCUUGCAGCUUCUUCUGCAAGCUAAACACAGAGCAGUUCAAACAUUUAAUGUGAUUUGCCUCAAUUCCGGAUACAGCUGGUCCAGAAAUAUUUUAAGAGCAACUACUGAUCAACCAAUGAGCUAAUGAACGUCUUAUUACAGAAAAAUAUGGUUA